CGGAUAGACACCGUUCUGUUAAAGCGCCCUUGUAAUGUUUACUUCUAUGGAACAACGGCGCGUCCUCCUCGGUUAACAGUAUUGGAUCAGGUACUGUAUCAAAUGACGCAUACAUCCUUUUGUCAGCCAGCUAUACGUUAAAAACACGGAAUCCUAUCGGCUGCGAGCGCGAUCGGGAGUAUUAGCGGUUCAUCCUGCGCCAGAGCUCUGUGUUCAUGAUGGCGAUGUUCCGCAGUUUUGUGUCCGCCGCUCAGAUCAGGCAGCAUCAGCAGCAAAACGGAGCCGCAGCAGCCGCACCUGGGGAGAGUCUGGAGAGCCAGUUCUCCUGUCCCAUCUGUCUGGAGGUGUACCACAAACCUGUCAGCAUCGCCAGCUGUGCGCAUACUUUCUGUGGGGACUGUCUACAGCCAUGUCUCCAGGUGACCUCACCUCUCUGUCCACUCUGCCGCAUGCCUUUCGAUCCAAAGAAAGUGGACAAAUCCUCCAGCGUGGAGAAGCAGCUGUCUUCGUAUAAGGCACCCUGCAGAGGGUGCAGCAAAAAAGUCACCCUGGUCAAAAUGAGGUCUCAUAUCUCAUCUUGCACAAAGGUUCAGGAACAGAUGGCCAACUGCCCAAAGUUCAUGCCUGUGGUCCCCACCUCACAACCCAUUCCCAGCAAUAUUCCAAAUCGCUCCACAUUUGUGUGCCCUUACUGUGGCGCUCGCAACUUGGACCAACAGGAACUAGUGAAGCACUGCAUGGAAAACCAUCGCAAUGACACCAGCAAAGUGGUAUGUCCAGUAUGUUCAGCUAUGCCGUGGGGCGACCCCAGUUACAAGAGCUCCAACUUCCUGCAGCAUCUUCUCCACCGGCACAAGUUCUCCUAUGACACAUUUGUGGACUACAGUAUUGACGAGGAGGCAGCACUGCAGGCAGCUCUGACCCUCUCGCUGUCCGAGAACUGAGUCUGACAUCACAUCCUGUUCCUCAAACAACGCCAUGUGACGGAUUUCCCACCUGUCUUGUUUUAGGCUAAAUAUUCUCAUUGUUUCUCCGUUUCUCCUCUCACUCUACCUCUCUUCUGCUCUGUAUUUCAGAGCUACACCCCUGAUAGAUCCUGAAGCGGCUCUUUACCAUGUUUGUCAGUUCAUCAUGACACUUGAGCAAGUUUGUCACUUCCUUUACUGUAGGUGGACUGGAUUCUGGUUAUGUAUCAUUAUCAUAACCACCAAAACAUUACAUGUAUGCAAAAAGACAGAAAAAGGAAUAGAUUAUAAUGUGUUUGUUUCAGUUCUUCCCAAUUUUUCACUCUUCAAAUGUGUACAGACAGCACAGAAAGACUGGCAAUGCAUUGUAAUUCAGUACAGCAGUGAGAUAUAUAUAUAUAUAUACUGUUUAUAUUUGGGCUGUCAGUCGAUUAAAAUUUGUAAUCAAAUGUAUCACAUGAUAUGACAAAUAAUUAAUCAAAUUAAUCUCAUGAAUAAAUGUUUGCUAAGAAAGCCCCUCAAAUAACUAUAAUUCAAUAUAUGAUCAAAUAAUUAUAAAUUACAUUUAAAUAAUUAUAUUAUUGCUGCAUACGAGUAAAGCAUUAAUAAGACAAAAAGUGGCUUUAAAAGGCAAUAUAUUUAUUUCCAUAUAAUUCAACAUAAGUCUAUCAUUGGCCUACAGUCCACAGCAAUCCAUUUUGCAAUUGAAUUCGUCAAUCUAUCCGAGAUAUAUUUAUUAUGAGGGCUUUUCUAAGGAUGCGUUAAAGUACACAUGAGUCAGACAAACGCUUUUAGAGCGCUUUGGUUACGUUGCAUCAUAAACAGCGUUUUUAGGUCACUGUGUCAAGUUACACAGUUUGAAACUUAGAAAAACACGUCUUGAGAUUCCUGCAUUCGGAUUAGCAUUCCGUCCAGCUUUGCUUGUGUUUGAACGUAAGAAUGCGUGCUCAUCUAGUGCUGUCGCUGGUGUCAAGCAAGCCCAAGUGUGGUUUGUUAUCUGUACAGCUGCGCAUUGCCUAUACAGCUGGAGUUUCGCAUACUGCCUGCCCCCUGCUGAAAACAGGUGGUACUUCAAGCUUCAAUUUCUCUGAUGGUAGCAAGUUUCCUUAUUACGGUCCAGGCACAUGAUUAAUUGCAUAAAUUUGUUUAACGCAUUAUUUUUUAUAGAAUUAAUUGCACCAAAUUAAUGCAUUAAAUCGACAGCCCUAAAAUA